AUGCCCCGGUCCCGCGUCGAAGCGCUCCUUGCCUCCUUUCCCAAGCUUGCCGACAGCGGCACCCAGCACACCACCGUUGAGCAGGACAACGUCCGCUUCGUCUACCAGCCCCUCGAUGAGCUCUACAUGGUUCUUAUCACGAACCUCCAGUCCAACAUCCUGCAGGACAUCGACUCGCUGCACCUCUUCGCACAGGUUGUGACGGGGCUGUGCAAGUCGCUCGACGAGCGCGAGAUCACGCGCAAUGCGUUCGAGCUGCUGAGCGCGUUCGACGAGCUGGUGACGCAGGGCUACCGCGAAAACCUGACUAUGAGCCAGAUCAAGACGUUUAUGGAGAUGGAGAGUCACGAGGAACGCAUACAGGAGAUUAUUGCCCGUAACAAGGAACUGGAAGCCACAGAAGAGCGCAAGCGGAAAGCGAAGCAGCUGGAGAUGCAGCGCAAGGAGUCUGCACGGCGGGGCAUCAGCAGCGCGCCGCGCACACCUGUGUACCCGACAUACACACCGCCAGUGCAGACCACGACGGAGACCUACGACUCCUACGAAGCGGAGAAGAAGAAGAACAGACCAGCAACUACCCUCAAGGGCAAGGGCAUGCAGCUCGGCAAAAAGUCCAAGACGACCGACAUGUACGAGCGGGUUCGUGGCGAACUUGGCCCCGAGGCCGAUACGCUCGUAGCUGCCCCUGCGCCGGCCGCUACCCCUGCAGCAGACCACACCGCCAGCCGUGCGUCGACAACGCUGGACCGCGACGCCAUCCACAUUGUGGUCAACGAGUCGGUCAACGCCAAGAUCACACGGGACGGUGUCGUGAACUCGCUGGCCAUUAGCGGCGAUCUCAACCUGCGCGUGUCGGAUGCCAGUCUCACCAAGGUCAAGCUGAACCUUGACGCGCAACCGACACACGGCGCUCAGUUCCGGACGCACCCCAACGUCGACAAGAACCUGUUCAACUCGUCCAGGAUCAUCCAGAUGAGCAACACCGCCAAGGGCUUCCCCGUCAACCAGUCGGUCGGUGUGCUGCGGUGGCGGGCGUCGCCCAAGGUGGACGAUACAGCGGCUCUGCCAAUCAGCUUCACGGUGUGGGUGAACAAAGACGGCGACGGUAACUGCACCCUGACGGUGGAGUACGAGCUGACGGGUGGCGAUGCACUGGACGACGUCGUGGUGUCAAUCCCGUUCGCAGUCGAGCCCACGGUGUCGAGCUUUGACGCGACAUAUGAAGUCGCCGGUGACAGCAUCGAGUGGCAAGUGGGCUCGGUGGACGAGAACAACGCUUCUGGCUCGUUUGAGUUUGAGGCACAGACGGACGACGAGAACGAUUUCUUCCCCAUGCAGGUCCGCUUCUCCAAGUCGACGCCGUUUGUUUCUGUUGAUGUGACUUCGGUCGAACUGGUUGAGAUGGAUGAGGAGGUGGCCUUCUCCAAGGACGUCAAGUGCACGGCGGAUAACUACUCGAUCGAGUAG